AUGCGUGCCAAUACCAAAGCCAUGAAAGCCUUUCUCCAAAGGGAGCUCGAGAGUCUUGAGCACGAGCUAGAGAGCAUUUUCAACGGCAAGCACGUCCCUGAAGAGGAGCGAAUGGACUUGAGUCAAUCAGCACCCAGUCAGCAUCGCAUGUUUGCUGUCAUGGAACUUUAUCGCCUCGCAGCACUUAUCUAUCUGGAGAGGGCGUCUCGGAACUUCUCGGGAAGCUCACCAAAGCUCGCGACGUGGGCUGGUGCAGCUUUUGCCAUGCUGGCGACAAUGGGUGUUCUGAAGUACAAUUUUCCGGUUUUCAUCAUCGCAUGCGAGGCGCGUACAGACAAGCAGCGAAUAGUCAUUCUUGAUUGCCUUGAGAAGACGCAGGCAAGUCAGCCCACGGCGGGGACGGCAAUGGUGAAGGACAUGAUCCAGAGGGCCUGGGCUAUGGAUGAUCUCGACCCAGCAGGAGAUGUGGAUUAUAUGGAAAAGCUGGACGUGGUCGUCAGUGGCUGGGAUAGCAUGCCUUCUUUCGCAUGA